AUGCCUAAACGUUCGUGGAAUCAAAUAUCGUCUGGAGCGGCGACGCAGCCGGGCCGUCGUCCAUCAACAAAAGCAACUCGGAAUGACAUGCACAUUAUCAAGUCAGGCAGUCCAAGCAGCCCGGAUGAGGCGAAGAUAUUCCAGAAUGGCAGUUUUUCUGAACCGCAGCAGCAUCCUCCUACUCCGACGCUGACCGAUGCCGGCUCCGAGUCGCGGUUUGCAAAGUCUGACACGCGCCAGCGAGCUGUAAGCAUGGCUCAGUCUGAUGACAAUGAGCCCAUCGCAUGGCCAUCAAUUACACGCAAAGUGAAAGCAUGCGCCGCUUGUCGCAAGCAAAAGAUUAAAUGUGACAUGGAUGAUGAUUGCCCGCCUUGCAAACGGUCUCUCGAACAAACUCUGCGAGCAUUGUCCCUCCCAUCGCUUCCCUCCCUUCACACCUCACUUUCCGAAAACGGCAAUGGACAGGAACAACAAGAAACUCAAAUUGCUCAGGCGGUCGAGCCUACCGCUCGAGACCUCGACCAAUCGCGGCACGUGGAUGAAACCCUAGCACAUGUCCCAAUAGAGUCACUGUAUGAGCUGACUCGCCUACGUUCUUUGCGGGGAGAAACGGUGGAAGAACGACCCGCGGAUCACGACGACUUUAUCUCUCGUGGCUUAGUCUCUGUCGACGAGGCGGAGAAACUGUUUCAGUUCUAUCACACACAGCUCGAUCCAUACAUCUAUGGGUUAGCAAGCAAGUAUAAAUCUUUGGAAAGCCUUCGUAGAAGCUCGCCCCUCCUCACGGCCUGUAUUUGCACAGUGGCAGCUUCACACCAACCUGGUAACAGCGGUGUUGUCUAUGAGAUAUGUAAUCAAGAAUUCCGCCGACUAGUAUCCAUGUCGAUGUUUGAGCGUCGCAUCAGUCUGGAUUACCUGCGCGCCUUGGUGAUUGGGUCAUACUGGCUGAGCGAUGUCUCGUGGACACUGGCCGGUCUUGCUGUACGACGCGCAAGCGAUAUCAAUUUGCACAAGUUCUAUUAUCGGAUCAUGGACUCGACGCAUGGUUUUGCGGAGACGCCAAAGAGCUGGGAUUCGGCGGACCCUGAGGCUUCCAUCGACCCGGUUCGACUGUGGUAUCUGCUGUACAUCUGUGAUCAGCACUUGUCAAUAUUGUAUACACGAGCUCCUAUGAUUCGUGAAGAUGACACGAUCCGUGGGUGGCGCGACUAUCUCGAGUCCCCGCAUGCGUCUCAGUCGGAUGUACGCAUAUCAUCUCAAGUGGCUCUGAUGAUGCUUUUGAGCCAGAUCAGAGAAUAUUUUGGCGUAGACGCCACCAAGGCUGUUCCUCGCGCCAUUACCCCUCAUAUCAACACAUUCAGUCACCACCUUGAUAAGUGGCUAGCACAUUGGUCGUCCAAACUUGCUGCCAACAAACACAUUGGAAACUUCCCCUCUAAGGGCAUCCUCCUUCACUACCACUUCGGCAAACUGCAUCUCUUCUCUCACGUCUUCCGGGGUCUGAAAUCAGGCGACCACGUCGAGCCCAUCCCUGCGUAUUUCAAGGAGACCGCAUCCGCAGCAGUUUCUCACGCAACGACCAUCCUCGAACUCCUCCUCAACGACGUCGACAUCCGACCUAGCAUAAUCGGUGUGCCGCACUACUUCCACACCAUGAUUGCAUUUGCCUGUGUAGUCCUGCUCAAAGUAUCGGAUCGGUACCGAGGCGACCUCGGUAUCGACGCGGGUCUUACGCACGCGUUGAUUCAGCGAGUAAUCGAGUUCUUGCGACAAAUUAAUUGUGGCCGGUAUCAUCUCGUGCACUGGAUGGCAGAGGGGUUGGCCAAGAUGCUUCAUUUGUGUCGUAGCAGCAGCGCUGGUUUGCAUCCAGGUGUACAACCUCAUCUGUCAUGGAAUGGCAGCAACAAUAACCAUAACCACAACCACGACGCCAUCUUGAGUCCCCUAAUCCAAGACAACGUGAGCAAUACGCUGUUCAACAGCGUCAGCGAAAUCCCCGAGCAGCCAUCCUUUCUGUCCCUAGAUCCCAACUUCGAUCUUCAUGCUGGGCUGAAUGCGGAGGGUAAUCAUGACGACAGCCAUAUAGGUACGAUGAGCAGCGGAGGGCCGUUUUUGCCUAUGCUUGAUGGCAUCGACGGGGGAGGUGCUGGUGCCAGUACUGGUGGUGGUGGUGGUGAUUAUGGCUUGACGGAUAUGAGUUUCAAUUUUGUUUGA